AUGGCCUGCGAUAUAUCCGACGACUCGUUCCUACAGUUAACGAAUUUAGUGGAAAUCGAUUUGUGUGACAAUUCGUUGCAAUCCAUACCCACAGUAGCGCUACAACAGUGCAAAUCAUUGCGCAAACUGUCCCUCUGUUUAAACCCCAUUCGUGUCGUACGGGAGGAAUCGUUUCGCAAUUUGCAUACAUUGGUCGCUAUAGACCUGUCCUCGUGUCAGAUCGAUUCAGUGGACGGCCAGGCGUUUCGCGGCCUAAACGAGUUGCGCUCACUUCGGUUGGACGGCAACCGAUUGCGGACGUUAGCGGCCGCAGCACUGGCCGACCUCCAGGGUUUGCACGCCCUCCAUCUGGAGCUGAAUCCAUGGCAUUGCGAUUGUCUGCUGCGACCAACAGUCGAGUGGCUGACCCGCAGUGGUGUCCCGCAGACGGUAUGGCCCGCCUGUCACACACCGCUCCGACUCGAGCGCCAUACAUUUAACGCAUUGAAUUUGGAUGAGUUCUCAUGUGUGCCCGUAAUUCACACACAAUUAACGCACUUUCGCUCAACGAUUGGCGAUAACCUAACCAUAUAUUGCACUGUCAGUGGAUAUCCGAUGCCAUCAAUCAGCUGGAAGUUCGCCGUCGAUGACAACCAUUACGACAGCCAUUUAGACACCACCGGCGACGACAGGGAUGUCAACCGCAAUCACCCGCGAGAGCACAGGAAUCCCAGCGUUGAUACAGAAAAACGCUCAGCCAUUGAGAGAGUGGCCGUCAAUCAGACAUUCAGUUCGUCUUAUAUUACAAUU